GAUCUCUGUUCAAGCCAUCACAGUUUCUUCAGCUCAGUUUCUUGAGUACAACUAAAUCUCUCUACCAACAUGAUUGCUAAGAUCGCCAUCCUCUUCGCUGCUCUUGCAGCAGUCCAUGCCAGCGUACUUGGACACGGUCAUUUGGUCAGCACUGGAGUUAGCAACAGGGCACAAACCCAAGACGCAUUCGGCAACUAUGCUUUUGGUUAUGACAUCAAGGAUGGUCUUGGUGCCUCCAACUCCCGAUCUGAAGUAGGCGAUGCCCAUGGAAACAAGAAGGGAUCCUACACUCUUGCUGAUAUUGACGGACGAGCCCGACGAGUUGACUACGUCGCUGACGGACAUGGAUUCCGAGCCACCGUCAAGACCAACGAACCCGGAACCGCUGCCAGCGCCCCAGCAGCCGCCCUCAUCGCCAGUCCCUACGCCGGACCAGUCGCCCCAGUCGUCAACCACGUAGCUCCAGCUGCACCCGCUGUUGUUGGACACGCCGCUUCUUACGCUGCUCCUUUGGCUGUCGCCGCUCCAGUAGCUUACGGAGCUGCUCUCGGACACGGAGCUGCUUAUGGUCUUGGGCACGCUACUGCUCUUGGCCAUGGAGCUUAUGGUCUUGGACACGCUGCUGCUCUCGGACAUGGAGCUUAUGGUCUUGGACACGCUGGAGUUCUUGGACAUGGAGCUUAUGGUCUCGGACACGCUGGUGUUCUUGGACACGGUGCUUAUGGACUUGGACAUGGUCUCCAUCAUUAAGCAGUAUUCUUAACUUCGAUUCAAAUGCCAUUGAUAACUACGUCCAAUCACCGACAAUCAAGUCACAUAAGUCUUGCCAAAUGCUUUCAUCAAAACUAUUUAUUCUUCUUCUCUGCAUUUUCUUCUGGUGUGCGAACUUCCAUCUACGAUAUUCUAUUGCUCAGGUGUUGUCUAUCUCCAGAUACAAGGGAUUUUCUAGAAUCAUCUAUUCUCCUGCAACUAAAUUGUAUUUAUUUAUUUUUAUCAAAUUUCAAAGCAAUUAUCUGUGGUAAAAAAAUGUAGACUUCCAGUGUACACUUCAUAUAUAUCUGCAGGUAGCUGUUACUGUUUCGUGAAUGGUGGAAAAAAUUUAUAUAUGUCAAUUUAUAUUUCUGCAUGGAAUUUAUGUGUGAAUAAAUGUUUUUAGUUCAAAUGCAA